UGCAGGCCGACACACGUCUUCUGGCGUCACGUCGGCAGAAAACAAUCCUCCAACACACUUUCCCUGCAGUCGACACAACCACAGAGGCGCUGAGAGGAGAUGAGAGGAUACCGAACCAUCAAGUACACUUUGUUCAUCUUCUGCUACUUCUUCUGGGUUGUAAGCGCCGUCCUCACAGCGGUGGGGAUCUACGCCAAGAUCGCCAAGGAGAAAGAUGUGGUUGACACCCUGACAUUGGAUCCGGCUCUGCUGUUGAUUAUCGUUGGCUCGGUGAUGUUUCUCAUCACGUUCCUCGGAUGUUUCGGGGCGCUGCGUAACGCCACCUGCCUGCUGAAGAUGUUUCUGGGGAUUCUGGCAACCGUCCUCCUCCUACAGAUCGCUGCUGGAGUCGUGGGAUACCUCUUCACUGACUUGGUGAUGGAGAGGACGGGCAAGCUGAUGAUGAAGGCCAUUGUCCUCUACAGGGAGGAUCAGGACUUGGAGAACGCCAUUGACUUCAUCCAGAAGAAGUUUCAGUGCUGUGGAGUUGACAGCUAUAAGGACUGGUCCAGCAACGUCUACUUUGAGUGUUCGGACACCAACCCCAGUCUGGAGGCCUGCGGAGUUCCCUUCUCCUGCUGUGUUCACCUACAGAACCAGACGGUGCUCAACACCAUGUGUGGUUAUGGGAUGCAGCAGCUUGAGGAGCGUUCGGCCGGUCAGGACGUCUUCACCGUCGGCUGCCUGGAGCAGAUCAUCCGGUGGGCCAAAAACAACCUGCUGCUGGUGGCCGGUCUGACCGCCGGCCUGCUGCUGCUGGAGGUCUGCAUGAUCAGCCUGGCUGCUGUUCAAAUCUCCAGGAUAAAGAAAGUCCAACAACAACAGAAAGAAAAUCCACUGAGGGGCAUUUCAGAGAGGAAGGACAGCUUCUGGUAUCCUGCUUUUGCAGACUUCGAUGAUCAGUGACAUCAGCCUGUGAGAUCUGACGCUGAUCGUGGGGACGGAUGUGAAAAAAGGGAUGAAAAACAGCUGAAUGCUGCUCAGAUGGAGCGAGACAUGGUCUGCUCACACUGUGAAAUUACAGUCUUGAUAUUUUAGUCCCGUAUCUGAAGCUUUCAGAGUGUGAACAGCUGAAACAUCUGGCUCACCUCAGGAAGAGGCGAGGGCAGUUGAAUGCUACCUCAUGUAAAAGCAGCGUCACAUCCUUUAUCACAGGAAGUGAUUCUAAAGGAAAGUUAGCACUGCACAGCCCUUCAGCUGCACAUUUAGCACGAGUAAGACAUGCCAAGGAGUGUAGAAGAUUUAUUUUUAUACAUUAAAUAGCUCCUACUUGUAUAUGAACUAAAACUGAACAAUAUUUGCAGUUUUAUGUGCUGUGUAAACUGUGUACUUUGUGUAAUGAAUGUGUACAAUUAUCCUGAUGAAAAUAAAGCUUCAUAUAUUCCUCA